UGUGGGAACGUUUACAUGUUAGUCCCAAAGCUAACGCCCCUCGUGCGGCCGCUUGUGGACCAAUCACAGCGCUGCUUCUAUACGGCUCAUGGCAGACGAAAAACACGGAAGAGCCCAUCAAGCACUUUGGACAGCAGCGAUCGAGACGUGAACGAUAGACCAGAGUACCGUGUCCACGACAUGGCAGAUGCAACAUCGACCCCUCAGCAAGACCCUGGAUCCGAUGCCAACAUUGAAGAGGCCUGUUUGCAUGGAAACCUUGAACGUGUGAGAUACCUGUUAUCUCAAUGUAAGGAGGACAUCGCCAGGAAGAACACGGUAGGGAGGACACCUCUGAUGACUGCAGCAUUUGGACGGCACAGAGAGGUGUUUGAUUUUCUCUUGAGAGAGGGAGCUGAUAUUUCAAUAGGGGACGACAACGGUUGCAACAUACUUCACUGGGCCUGCAGAGGCGGAAGUAUUGAGAUGGUCAAAUAUAUCCUGUCCAUGGAAGGGAUGGGCGUCAACGACAAAGGGACUGACGGAACUACGCCGGUGGUAUCAGCAGCAUGGCGGGGACAUAAAGACGUGGUUGAGUUCCUUGUCAGCCUAGGAGCUGACAUGUCAGUCGUUGAUGAUCUGGGUGAAACCAUCCUUCACUGGGCCGCACAGGGAGGAAAUGUGGAGAUGGUGAAAUAUAUCCUCUCGCAGAACAUCGUGGACGUCGACACUCGGUCCAAGAUGGGCCAGACUGCAGCGGACAUAGCACAGGUAUGGGAUCACAAGGAUGUGGUUAAGCUGCUGAGAAAGCCACGUUGUCAUGUGAUGUAAGUGUCAUUGGAACGUGGACAUUUCGUCAAAUCAGGCGACGUUAAGCAGCUUUGGUAGCGAGAGAGGUUGGAUGGGUGACAGAGUUCGGCAGCCCCCUCUGAAAGUUUUCAGGGCUUAGGUUCUGCCCAGCCUGGUUCCCGGGGUCUGCGGCGCUAACGCAC